GCCCCUAGAACCUCAAACAAACAUCCUUUCCACAAUAUAAUUCCGCCAUUAUUUGCUAUUUUAUUCGGCAAUUCUUUUCUUUCACUCCAAUCAUAACCAUGGAUGGACGUUCAGGUAUCCCCGUUCAAAUCCGUCCACAAAGGCAGAAAUACCCACGUAAAUAAGCAACCUCAUACAUACGCACACUCGCACCUUCCCUCUUGUGACAGCAUGCAUCUCCCAACUUCUCGUCGGGCACAUCGUGCCUGCCUAUUUCAAACAAUCAUCAUUAUUCAUUUAUUGCAAUGUCUGUCGUGAGACCGGCCAUGCAACCUCAUGUCCAUCUCUCGACUGUAGCGCCGAAGAGUAAGAAAUUGUGUCUACGCCCAGAAUAUUAUGAACAUCCCCUGACAGACGUCAAAGAACUGUAAAUGAGGUAACUGCAGGUCGAUAUGGCUUUGUCAAACGAUAUUUUUCAGCAGCCAAACCAGGUGGAACAGGCCAAUCCACAACAAACGAGUCUUCCCACUUUAUCCCAAGGAGGACAGGCAGACCCAUCACAACAUAGUAAUGGAGCCCCGACAGAAUGGCAGACGUGGCGCAAGAAAAUCCCUGCAGAAAUAGAAAAAAGCCCAACCGAGGCCCAGGAGCCUUCAAUCUUCAAAACACCCCCUGGACGCGGGCGCGGCACAGGUCGGGGACGAGCACGGUCACGGCGGGCCAAGAGAGCCCGUUCGUCAGAGAGUUCAACAUCAGAGCCUCACCCGGUUCCAGUACCGUAUAGGCGGAUACAGGAUGCCCAAGAGAAGCUGAUAUUUCGGGAUGCGGACCAUGACAGAGAGGGUCUCGCGGGGAUGAUUGGCGUGACGAAGGAGGAGUGGGAUCUUGGUCUACGAACGCCUGUAUACGCGCCGCCGAGCGAUUGGAUGAGGCUACGAGUGCUUCAGAUGGAGAGUAUGAUGGUGCGGAAGUACCAUUGGGUGGAGGAAAUAGAUGGUUACGGGGCGCGUCGAGAGGAGGAGGUGGAACUGGGGAGGAGAGUUCAUGCGGAUAUAAUGGAUGUGGGGUGGGAGGCGUUUAAUGCGAGAUGGAAGAGGGAGGAGUUGAUGGGGGUGCCGAUUCCGGAUGAGCCAGUUUUGAGGAAGAAAGGGGUAGAUGAGGUGGAGUUGACUUAUGCUGUUGGCACUGGAUUAAGGACGGAUGGGUUGGAUCGUGAGGGCGAAAAUGGUGGAGAAAAUCAGAUGGCAGCGAUGCCUGCUGGAUAUGCUUUCUGGAACGGAGAUGGGGUGGCAUCGAGAUGCGACAAGGAAGCGACUGCUGAGUCAACAGGGAUUGUUAGUUCAGACUCAAUGGAACCAGGCCAGGUCAAGUCGGACACCGUGGAUCCGCAGCCGAUGGAAAGGAUUGAGGGUGAAGGUAGCAAUGGGACAGCAAGUUCGACUCCGCCUAAUUUUGGAGGGGACGACGCCAUGAGCAUGGAUGAGGAAGACGUGUCGGCAGAGACAGUGGGACCAGCUGAGCCUACACCAACAACCAAAGAUGGAUCGGCAGUCGGUCAAUCGGGUGGGACGGAAGCAUCGCCAAUAUAUAUUGACUCCAGUUCUACGGGAGGAGAUGAAUCUGGCGAGAGCGAAAGCAGCGGUGAAUAGGUCACGGCCGGAGCAUUUUCAGCCUCGCUUGGCCCCCCGAAGCGUAUUCAGCGAUGGAGACGGUGUGGAUGUUCCGGCCAACGGUGAGAUUUGCAGCUCGUGAGCUGGCCGGCCAGUUCGCGAGCUGCCCGUGAGCUGCCUAGCCUAACCAAAGUGGCAGUGUAGAAUAGCAUCGUAGAAAAUCCAAAUCCUACAUCCUAC